CGGCUGGGCCCGCCUCCUAGCCAACGCGCAGGCGCAGGCGCGCCGCGGCGCGGAGUCCUGAGCUGCGGCGACGGCGGCGGCUUUCGGUGGCGGGCUCGGGAAGAUGGCUGCAGCCGCGGCAGCGACGGCGGCCGAGCAGCAAAGUUCCAAUGGCCCUGUAAAGAAGUCCAUGCGUGAGAAGGCUGUUGAAAGGAGGAAUGUUAAUAAAGAGCACAAUAGUAACUUCAAGGCUGGGUAUAUUCCAAUUGAUGAAGAGCGUCUCCAUAAAACAGGAUUGAGAGGGAGAAAAGGCAAUUUAGCCAUCUGUGUGAUUAUCCUCUUGUUUAUCCUGGCUGUCAUCAAUUUAAUUAUAACACUUGUUAUCUGGGCUGUAAUUCGAAUUGGACCAAAUGGUUGUGACAGCAUGGAGUUUCAUGAAAGUGGUCUGCUUCGAUUUAAACAAGUAUCUGACAUGGGAAUUAUUCAUCCUCUUUAUAAGAGCACAGUAGGAGGAAGGCGAAAUGAAAAUUUGGUCAUCACUGGCAACAACCAGCCUAUUGUUUUUCAGCAAGGGACAACAAAGCUCAGUGUAGAAAAGAACAAAACUUCUAUUACAAGUGACAUUGGUAUGCAAUUUUUCGACCCAAGGACUCAAAAUAUCUUAUUCAGUACAGACUACGAAACUCAUGAGUUUCAUUUGCCAAGUGGAGUGAAAAGUUUGAACGUUCAAAAAGCAUCUACUGAAAGGAUUACCAGCAAUGCUACCAGUGAUUUAAAUAUAAAAGUUGAUGGGCGUGCUAUUGUGCGUGGAAAUGAAGGAGUAUUCAUUAUGGGCAAAACUAUUGAAUUUCACAUGGGUGGUGAUAUGGAGUUAAAGGCUGAAAAUAGCAUCAUCCUCAAUGGAACUGUGAUGGUCAGCACGACUCGGCUGCCCACUUCCUCCAGUGGAGAUCAGCUGAGCGGUGGAGACUGGGUACGCUACAAGCUCUGCAUGUGUGCUGAUGGGACCCUCUUCAAAGUGCAAGUGACCAGCCAGAACAUGGGCUGCCAAGUCUCAGACAAUCCCUGUGGAAACACGCAUUAGAACACCAGAGGUCAUCUAUGUUUACAUUUGACUCGACCUUUGUUUUUUAAGAGUAUGCAUGCAGAUCAUCUUUUUACAGUUUGUGAUAACUCACUAUAGUUAUUUUAACUGAGAGCACUAUUGUCUGUAUUAUGUACUCUCCCUAUUACAAAUACUCUUGAGACCGAAUUCUAAUAUAUUUUAUUGUUACACUAAUUUUUGAAUGAUAGUGCUCUAAUCACAAAAGUUAAUGAAAUUAAUCUUUGCAGAAGUAUUUUUAAAUUCCUGUGUCCCUUGUCUAAUGAAUUUUAAAGUGCUGAAGCAGUUGCUUAGACUUACUAUAAUGAGCCUUGAGUCUGAUAGGCCUACCAGAAGCAUGGCAUCUAUUUUUUUUUCUUUUGAAAAUUAGUACAUGUUUGCAGUACAUAGUUUUUCAUGCUGUUAUUUUUGGUUUUUUGUUUUGUUUGUUUGGCUUCUAAUAGGAAAGACACAGAUUUUUAGGGCACUAACCUUGAGCCAUGUUAUCACGUGCAAGUGAAGGAAUUAAAGAAGUAGACAUGUGAGACAGUAAGAAACUAUGAAGGAAAAAAACAAGAAAGAAAAUAUGGUUCAUUAAUUUUGCACUAAGAAGAAAAUGCUCUAAUAGAGUGGUUACUUGAAACAGUGAUAAAUAUUAAGUGUUCAUAAUGUGGUGGAAAUUAAAACACAAUCUCAGCUUUAACUUUUAAAUAAUAGUGAUAGCUGUCAUUUAGUGAUAGCAUCUAGGUACUGCAUGUUUAAUAUCUUACUCUCACAGCAACUCUGUGAGUAGGUAUUAUUAUCCCGGUUUAACCAGUAAGAAACUGCAGAUCAGAGAAAUUAAGAAGCUUGUCAAACAUCACAUAGUAAAUAACAGAGCUAGGAUUGGAAUUCAAGUGUGAUUUAAAUCUACAUGUACCUGAUCCCAAAUACCAUCUUUUUACUAUCUGCACUUAAUUUUCAGUUAUUUAAAACUCUAGAAAGGUGAAAAAAAGACAAAUUCAAGCUUACCUACACAGGUAAGAAUCAAAUAAAACAGUUAUGCUAUUCUAGUUAAAAGACAAAUUUCAUGUCACAAAAAAGAAGACCAAUCACUGUCAGAUUUUAAACUAUCGUAAGCCAAUUCAAAAAUAUUAUUAAAUAGAGAAGACUAAUUGGCCUCCAUAUGAGGUAUACCAGUUUUCCAGCUUUGACACACAGGAGACACCGAGGGGUUUGUCCUCCCCUGACCUCAGGCAGCACAGGGAAGGCAGGCAGGCCACAGGCACACUCCAGUCCUGCUCCUGAUGUGGCCGGCCAGUGUGCCACACUACCAGCACCUGUAACAGUGUGUGUCAUGCCUUGAAAAGAAGUUAGGAUACACUGGCCUCAAGAAUGCUAAUCCAAGAAGUAAGACAAGUAAUUUUAAGUAAGUAUAAGAAUUUAUUUCUGCUUCUGAGAUCACUGUUUCAAUAGAGCUCUGAAGCCAGUUGACUUUAAACAUAUUUUGAAUUACUCAAUUUGAAAGGAACUCUAGAAUCUAACACAGACACGGGAUCAAGGACAGGGACCCCAAAAUAGAGUACUAUAAAAUAGGCAGGACAUAUCAUAGGCCCCACCUGCCCUAGAGUAUAACCAUGUUCUGUCAUGGUCACUUUGAACUGUGUAAGAAAAUCAGUACGAAAAAAAAAAUUGUAUUCAAUAUAGCUAUGGUUCUUUCUGACAGAAAAACCAAAUAUCUUAGAGAAUGUCAAGUCAAUAGAUUGUACUAAAAUAAGAAAUGAUUUAUUAUCUAACACUGAGUUCAGUUUUUAAAUGAAAUAAGAAUGAGAUUCACGACCUUUGAGUGUUAUUAAUUGAAGUGAUAGUUGAACCUAUUUGAAUACAUUCAGUAUCACUGAGUAUCUCAAACCUACACAAUCAUUGGAAUUUUUGCUUAUCAGCUCAAUGUAGUUUUAAAUUUUACAUUCAUUGCUCGUCUGCUCUAGAUUUGUUUGGAAAGCUUUUUUUACUAAAACCACAGAACACUAUUACAAAGUAUUAUUUAUUGAAUAAUUCAUAAACUAAUGUAUUUUUACUGCUGCUUAAGAAGUGCUUGUGUUUUUGAUACAUCUCCAUUAAGUGCUUUUGACAUGAGAAGAUGUUUUUAUAGAACUGACUGUUAAUGGCAUAGCAUUUUGGGAUACCUUGUAAGUGGCCCAUGUAAUGUAGACCUAGGAAAUUUAGUGGGAAACAGAACAAGAACAAACCACCCCAUUUUAACUGCGACCUAUCUUCAUUCACAGUAAAGUUUCAGCUACCCAAACUCACCACCAGAUGGUAUUUUUCUGUAAGCAGAAAAAUUUGCCUCCUGCUGUGUGCUCACUCCUCUGCACUGAGCUGCAGCCUGGGGGAGGCAGCUGCCAAGACAGGACCUGGGCGGGUGCAGACUCUUUCCUGCUUCCUUAAAUGACAGUAACUUUGCAGAGGUGUACUGCAUUGAUAAGAGGGACAAAAGAAAGAAAUGCAACAUUUUUUAGACUGUCUAAUGGACUGAAGGGAAAAAUGCAAGAACACACAAACAAGGAUUCCCUGUAAAUAGUCUGCAGUAUUUUUAAAUAUAUGUAUUUGUAUUUUUGCACUAUGAAAAAAACAAUAAAUUUUGUGAGUUUUGAUGAUGAAAGACAGAAGUUCUAGUUUUGAAUGAGUGUUUUUAAGGGGGUGAGAAUGUUAAUGGUGCUACUUGAUAGAAGAGACCAUUGAAAAGCUGAUAGUCAGUGUCCUUUUUUGUUGAGUAGGAAAAAGAUUAAAAAUUGUGCCAUAUAAAAAUCAACCUACCAAGUUGUUUCACAUUGCUAGCCUGAGUUUCAGUUCAGUUUGUAAUAAUUAUUAAUGACCUCUGUUUACAAUAAAAAGUCUGUAAACUGUU